UCCGAAAACCUAGCUGGCGAAACUUCUCGCCUACGACUUGGGUGUGACAUCAAUUUCUACAGUCGCUUAUUUAGCUAAAGUGGUCGCUUCUUCCAAGGGGAACGAACGUUCUUUCCAGUGUCUCGAACAAUGAAAGCUGGUACAAGAGAUAUUUUGAUUCGCUUCACUUUGGUUGGUUUGUUUUUAUUAAUUGGCGCUGCAGUUUUUCAAGUCCUUGAAGGCACAGACCAACACGAACGUGUCAUGGAAGAGGAGGCCGACGAAGCAACUUUGGAAAAAAUGCGAACAAACUUAAGUGUGAAUAUGUCGAAAGGGGAAUUUGACGAUUUAGUGAACAAGCUUCAUAAAUUUUAUGAAGAUCAUCACCAAAGAGCGUCAAGCUAUCAAUGGACGUUUUACGCUUCCCUUUAUUUCUCAUCGAGUGUUAUAACCACAAUCGGUUAUGGUCACAUGGCUCCUUCUACAUUUAGCGGCCGGCUCUUUUGCGUUUUUUAUGCAUUGUUUGGAAUACCUCUCUGUAUGUUGGCAUUGAAAUCAAUUGGAGAGAGAAUCAACGAAUUGAUCGAAAACGGUUUCAUUUUGAUCAGUUCAAAGUUCCAGCUACAACAAAACAAAGGCAUUAAGAUUAAAGUGUUGCUAAGCACUGCUGGCUUGGUCCUUGUCCUUCUCAUGCUAGGUGGACUGCUGUAUUUGUCAGAGGGCUGGAGCUACUUUGAUGGAGUAUACUACUGCUUUAUAGCUUUAAGUACAAUCGGGUUUGGGGAUAUGAUACCUAGAAAAGGCCAGGAGCCUUCAUCCGGGGUCCAGACGCUGGAGCUCGUCGUCCGGGGCUUCUACAUCGUACUAGGCCUCGCUCUUGUGUCGAGUCUACUCUCUGCAGUUGUAGCGGCAGCUGAAGUAUUGAACAAGUGGAACAGCUUCAAAAAGUCAAAAGGUCUUUGCUGCCACAGAAGGACGGAUGCAAAUAUCACAGAGGAACUGGGUCCAGCAUCCGAGGGUUUGUACACAGUAUCUCGCAACCUGGACAACAUCGUGUUUCCUUCAGUCAUUCCUUUCAGACGAUUUGCUUCAGAUGGGUCUACACCACUGAUCAAUGAUCCACGCUGGCUCUACUGAGCUUAAGAUCUGACUAAUGGCAACUAACUAGGGGGUGACAGUAAGGUUGUAUUUUGUGUGUGUGAUCUGCAAAGGAAAUUUUAUAUCUGAGUGUGGAGAGUGAUUUUCUAAGCCCAAAGGCUUAGAAAGGCAUAGAUGGCAUUAACGAACUUCCUAGAGUUAGGCAUCUUUUGUUAUUGUGAACAGAUUAGUCCUGAGAACUUAAUUUGAUUUACAGAUUAGUUUGAUACACUAAGGCGUUUAACUGUUAAUCGAGAAGUGUUGAUAGACGACGUUACUAAAAGCGGUACUUUGUAGUUUUAAUGAAUCGUGUUAAAUACUAACAUCAGCGGAUAAAAGAAUCUGAAAUAUCCGUAGAAAUUGUGGACAAAAAGGAUAAUUUGAUGAUGUUGUAGCCGCUUCCGAAACAGCAUCAUCUUACUGCGUCGAUAGAGCUCCUCAUGUAAUGUGCUUGUGACAUGUGUAACGGAAAUUAGAGGAGCACCCUGGCACAUGUAUUUUCAGUGUUUUUAGGUAAAAAUUGAUAAGACGGUUGACUCUCACUGUUUGUAAAAAUUUUGCUUAUCAGUUGGAUACUUUUUCAAAUACUCUCUUAAGAGACCAAUGCUAAAAAUGUUACACGACGACCGCGCCCAUUAUUGGCUUGCACAGAAAGUUUUGCUUCAGUGAGCGACAGGUCAAAUACUGAAGUUGUCCUCUAUAGUCAUAAGAGACGCUGAUCUAGUCCCUGAAAACCAUGUGAUCCCGCCCUAGUCUCCAUGCAUGUCAAACUAAAAAAGGCAAUUGACACAAGGUAACACAAAAAAACCUUUACCAAAAGUAUGUUUAAUAAUUUGUACUUGUAAUGUAGCCUACAACCUAUUUACACUGAGUUGAUACAAAAAGAUUUGUAGACAUCUCUUAAUAUUUUGAGGUUAAAAUAAAAUGUAUGUUUAAUUGAAUGAGUUUUGUUUUCUUUCCACAACACUACCUAGACUACUACAAGGGUUUAAAUAUUUCUAUUUAUACUGCCCGAGAAGUCCGUAACGAGACACCGUCAAACCAUCACCCACGCGCCGUGUUACAACUAUCAGUAUUUCCCUUUUAUUGAGUAUAUAUGAUCUCACAAGACUCAAAAGAGUUCAAAAUAAUAAUUGUAUAAUUUUAUAUAUCUAUGCAGUUUUAGACAGACGGCCCGCUCUGCCUAUCGUUGCACAAGUACACUGUUUGUCCUCUCAGAGUUCAAAGAGAAAAAGACUCUUCUUGCCUAUUUUGUCUAAGAUAAUCCGCAAUACAGUCUACUAAGCUUUGCAUAGAAAAGCUUGGAAAGGCUUCCAUGAAGAAACAAAAGCUCAUGAAAAUAAAUCAC